AUGUCUUCACGCCCACGUGUCUUCUUCGAUAUUGGAAUCAACAACCAACCAGCCGGCCGUAUUGUUUUCGAACUCUACUCCGACAUUGUUCCAAAGACAGCCGAGAACUUCCGCUGCCUUUGCACAGGUGAAAAGGGCACAGGCAAGUCUGGCAAGCCACUCCACUACAAGGGCUGCGCUUUCCACCGUAUCAUCCCACAGUUCAUGAUCCAGGGUGGUGACUUCACACUCGGCAACGGCUGCGGUGGUGAAUCCAUCUACGGCGCUAAGUUCGCUGAUGAGAACUUCAAGGCCAAGCACACAAGACCAGGUCUUCUUUCCAUGGCUAACGCUGGUCCAAACACAAACGGCUCCCAGUUCUUCAUCACAACAGUCCCAUGCCCAUGGCUCGAUGGCAAGCACUGCGUUUUCGGCGAAGUCGUCGAGGGUAUGGAUGUUGUCAAGGCCCUCGAAAAGUGCGGCUCUGAUCAGGGCAAGACAAGCAAGAAGUGUGUCAUCACAGAUUGCGGCCAGCUUUAA